AUGAUUUUAAAAAUAAUUAAAAAACUUCCUUGGCAUUUAGAACGUAUAAAAGAUAUAUGUUGGUCAUCAACUUUUCAUCGAUUUAUUUUAACAACAGAAAAUUAUGGUAUUUGUUUUGUUUAUGAAAAUACAAUUUCAUUAGAUAAUGCAAAUUGUUUUAAACAAGAAAAAUUUCAUUCUUGUACAUGUUCUAAUACAUCUUUAUUUUUAACUGUUGAUGAUUAUGGUUCAUCAAUAAUGGAAUAUCAUUUAUUACCAUCAAUAGAAUUAAUUAAACAAUGGAAAUCUCCUUAUACAUGUACAAAAGAUGAAUAUAUUGAUAGUAUACGUUAUAAUAAUGAAAAAUUUAGUUUAAUUAUUCAAAAAUUUCCUGAAAAAAUAUUAAAAAUUGAAUUAAGAUCUAUUAAAACACUUGAUCGAUUAUGGUCUAUUCAACUUGAUAUGGAUUUAAAACCUUAUCAAUAUGGAAAAAUAAAAGAAACAUAUCAUUAUAAUCCAAGACCAUAUAAUGCUACUUUAUUCAGAGAUAAUAUAUUAGCCAUAUUAACUGAGAGUGGUAUAAAUUUUCAUAAACUUUAA